AUGACGACGACAGUCGGAGUCGCGUCGGUGGCAGCCGCAGUGGCCGUUGUUGUCGCCCUGGCUGGAGUCGCUGCAAUUGUCCGAGAUAUUGACGAUAUGAAAAACGAAAUUGAAUCGAAUAUGAAAGAAAUUAAGGUGGUUGCAGAUGACACAUGGGAACGUCUACUAAUGACACAGUUCUCUAGCAGUAACAGUGGAAGUUCAGCUACUUUAAGAUCCCUUUUCGGAAGAGACAAGAGGGCUGCCUCUUGCAACUGUGGCACUCAGCCGAGAAACUGCCCCGCUGGUGCACCUGGUCCACCAGGAGCGCCCGGUGAACGAGGAGAUGACGGUCUACCAGGACCAGAUGCAAAACCUGGACCACCUGGUAUCCCUGGAACUACCAUGCCCAGUAAGCCGACGGAGUGCAUCAAAUGCCCACCCGGUCCUCCCGGACAACCUGGAGGUCCUGGUAGCCAGGGCCCACCUGGGCAGCCUGGUGGAAAAGGCCCAUUGGGACCUCCUGGAAAUGAUGGUGGCGCAGGAACGCCUGGUCCGAUAGGAGAUCCAGGACCAGCUGGACUGCCAGGAUCGCCUGGACAGCCUGGAAGUCCGGGCAAAGAUGCUGAGGGACCAGAACCAGGACGUCCCGGCGGCCCUGGUCCACCUGGACCACCUGGGCCACCUGGUUCUCCAGGAAAGAAUGGAUCCCCAGGAAAUGAUGGAGCUAAUGGAAACAACGGACUGCCUGGCAGAAAUGGCAAUCCCGGUGGUCGUGGAAAUGAUGGCCAACCUGGAUCACCCGGGUCAGACGGCGCUCCUGGACCUGAUGCCGGGCUUUUGUUACGAGCCAGUUUUCUGUUGUUCUUAUUAGGACUUAGCAUACACAUUUUUCAGGGUCCCAUGUCACAGGAGUACGCGAAGAAGAAAAAGAGAGUGUGA